AUGGCCAGAAGGUAGGUCAAAUUCCGGGUUAGCUUAUCCCGAAAAUUAGACUUUUUGAGUUAAGUUUCACAAAAUUCAGGCCAUUUUUCUCCGCGGCUCGAAGAGAAUCUGCUGGCGCAGUUCCUGCUUAUAAAUCAUUUCUUCAUCGAACAAGAUUUCUUUUGCUAUUUUUGAUAUUCGUUUUCAAUUUUUGCAUUUGGACCAACUCGAUUUUGAUAGAUUUUAUGAUUUUGGCCAUGGAAGUUCGAGAAAAUCUCGAAGUUGCGAAUCUCAAUUAUUCAGAGAUUUAUAGAAUUCAAGAUGAGAUUCGGAAUGAUUUGCGAUCGAAAUAUUUUACAUUCUCGCAACUUCAAAAAUCCGUUUUAUUUUCGGCCUCGUCGUUGGGAGCGGUUUUAGCAAUAUAUCCAGCAUGGUGCUUGAUUACGGUAAAUUUUCAAAUCCACGUGACCUAAAAAUUGAACAAAGUUCUACUCACCAGACAUAGUUUUUGUUCAGAAAUUUGGCUACCGUCGAAUCGCCACAUUUUCUGGAAUCCUAUCCUCCUUCUUCAUUUCAUUUGUCCCAUGGUUCGCAUAUUUUGGAUAUAUCUCCUUAACUGUCUCACACUUCAUUCAAGUAACCAACAUUUGUAUUUUCAAUUUUUUGAUAUCCUAAUUUUCUAGGGAAGUUGUCUUGCUGCUCCAAUUUUAUUGAUUCCAAGUGUAAUUCGAAAAUGGUCAACGAGGAAAAACGAGCACUUAACGUUUAUAGUUUUAUUCUGCUUUAUUCAGGUUCCGCCUAUUCUAUUAUUCCCAAUUUAUUCCUAUCUAUCACUUACUUUUAUUGGAUGGCCAAUCGCUUUUUAUCUUCAAUCAAUCUUCACUUUUCUAGUCACAACUUUGUUUUUCUACUUUUACAAGUGAGUUUCAAGCUGAUUCUUGCUCUCGAAAUUAUUCAUUUAGAGAAACUCCGAUUCGUCACGCUCAUGUUUCCGACGCUGAACUGUCCAAAAUUCAAAGAUGUCAAUCGAUGCGCGGAAAAUUGUCGUAUGAGGUAGUGUAUUCUGAAUUUUGAGCUACAUUUUUAUUAAUUUCAGAAAAUUCUGAGAUGUUCUCAAUUUCAAUCAGUCACGUUAUCAAUUUUUGUAUAUUUUUUGAUACUUCAAAUAUUCAUCCAGAAGUUUUCGAUUUUUGUACAAACUUCAAAUAUUGUUGAGAUUUCUUGGAUGCUGUGUAUAUUUAUGUUACUUCAUGUAAUCGCAAAACUUCUAAUUUUUCGAGUUAUGAAAACUCCUACCAAACAUGAGAUCGAACUUUUGACAAUUAUUUCAUUUGUUGUCACUGGUGUCGCUAUGAUUUCAAUUGUAUCUUUCAAACUGUCAGAUUGGUUGAAGCUCGCAAUCUUCUCACUGAUUUCGGUCUCACUUGGUAUAACUCCGAUUUUCAGGGCGGCCCAUAUAAUUGCAGGGUAAGCCUUUUUCUCGAUUUUUUAGACACGGAUUUUUUCAGUAAAUAUUAUCUAGCAGUGAUGAUUCGAACUCACAUUUUCACAUUUUUCCUCGCUGGUUGCUUCACGCCAAUAACCUUAGCCUUGGGAAGGUUGGUUGUUAAGAAAAAAAAAAUAGAUUUAACAUAUUCCCUCUUCCAGGUUUAUCUGGUUUUUGUUGACUGCUUUGCUAGCUGCUUCCCAUUUAUUUUUUGUAAUUCAAUUUCGAUAUGAAGCAUCAGAUUGGGAGGUUCGGAAUGAGGCAAAGAUUGAAGAGAGAAUUGCACCGGUUUCUCAUCCAAGACCGUGUGAAUUCACAACAUCUUUUGAUGAUUCGGUAAGUUGGUACCUUUCGAAAGAGUGAAACCCAAUAUAUUACAAAUCCUCAUUGACAAAAUAUCUACAGAUCGUGGUUUCGAUAGUUUCUCGAGGUCUCGACAGAUGUGACACUUGUAAAAAACACGGUUUUCAAUCUAAACAUCAUCAAAGCCAAAUCCCAACUCGCAAAAUUUUCGACACAAUAAUCGAAGAAGAAAAUACGACUCAUAUGUGA